AUGGAUCCCUUUUCCAUCACCACCGGUGUCGUCGGCCUGCUCACCGUCUGCUUCAAGGUCGGCGUCGAGCUUAAGAAGUUGCGGCAGGGGGCCAAGGAGGUGGGCACGACGGUGACGGCCAUGUUGGCCGACGUCAACUCGCUCCGCGUCGUCCUCAUCUCCAUCGAGGAGUCGUUCGAGGAGCUCGACGCAACGGGUCCGCCGACGACGGGCCACAUCGGCCUCCACCUCGCCCACAUACGCCGCUCGCUGUCGGACGGCGGAAACAGCCUGAGCAAGGUCGAGCGCCUCCUGGUCGAGGUCAACAGGGAAGUGGCCGUUCUGGAUGCAGCACGUCGCCACCUGCGCUUGAAGAACGCCUCCGACCAGCUCAUGACAUAUCGCCAGGAAGUUCAGGCCUACAAGGAUGCCCUCCAGCUGUCGCUUCAGACCGUCACCGUGCGACAAAGCUUCGGCCAGGUCUCCAUCAAGGAGGAUACGACCCAACUUCUCGCCAACGCUGAACUCAUGCAUGGCGACAUCAGUCGACUGGCGACCAACCUUGACGUCAAGCUCUGCGGCCUCGAGGCUCUCUUCCGAGCCGGCCGGAGGGAGGCCGACCUCGACACCGUCGUCAACCUGCGCGACUGCGUCCGCUCCGCCGCCAGUGUCGUCUCCAGCUCCGUCAUGGCCAACGAGCCCAACGAGCCAGGCGCCGCAACUCUGCCCGACAUGCCCGAUUUCGCCUCCGAGCUGGGCGAGUUUCUGAGAUUCGACACCGACUUUACCCUCAAUUGGGUCCACAGCAGCGGCGAGACGUCAGAGUCUCUCCUUUCAUCCACCCUCACCAACGCCACCCGCACUCCCUCGGCCCCUCCAGCCUUGGCCAUCUUUCCACCUCCAGACGCGUCGUCGUCGAUCCGAGGCACGGCAAAGGCUCCCGCAGGGGGGAACCGCUCCAUACCGCUUCCACUUCCCUCGCCGCCGCCGAGGCGCAGCCUGGAUGGACCAACGCAGAACCUGAACGAUCCGCCAGCACAGGUGCCACGCAUCGUCACGCCCACUCCUUCCCCUGCUGACGAGGAGGUGGACUUGCCGCAAACGACGAUGGAAAUGACGGCACCACAGCCUGAAAUCGCCAGAGACACCCUCGUCCCGCGCCAGUCAAACCAUAAACGCAAAUCCUUCUCCUUGUCCGCCCUCUUCUCACCCCGCCCCAAGGAGCCCAGAGAAGUGACCGACAGGAGAUGUGUCAGGACAAACCAGUCUGUUCGCCGCAAGAUGGUCUUUGUCGGCGACGGCGCAUGCGGCAAGACGUGCUUCCUUGUUCGCGCAUCCAAAGGAGUCAUGCCGCAUAUAUACGUCCCCACCGUCUUUGAGAAUUAUCUCGCCGAUUUUGUCAUGGACACGACGUCCAUCGAGGUCGCCUUGUGGGAUACGGCCGGCCAGGAGGAGUACGAUCGUCUGCGGCCACUUUCGUACCCCGACACGGAUAUUUUCUGCAUCUGCUUUACCAUCGACGAUCCCACGAGCCUGGAGAAUGUCACAGAAAAGUGGAUAACGGAGAUUGAAUUGUUCAACUCCAAAAGGUGCCCCAUAUUUUUGCUAGGCCUGAAGAAAGACCUACGGGAUGACCCCAGGACGAUUGGCGAAAUGAUGCAAUACGGAGGGAGCCCCAUCUCGACGAGCAAGGCCGAGACUAUUCGACAAAGAAUUGGCGCAGAGGCCUAUUUCGAGUGCUCGGCCAAGACGGGCGAGGGUGUGGUAGAGGCCUUUGAAGGCAUGUUCAGGUCCUACUUUCGAGUUACGCAGGAAGUUCAGUGGCAGCCGGUGCAAGAGAAGAGCUCAUUCUGGUCUCUUUUCUGGUAG